GCCAUCAGAUCCUGGAUCUCUACUCACAGGGAAAACAGCAAAUGCCUCAUCAUACUCCUCACCAGUUGCAGCAGCCACCGUCUCUUCAAUCUACACCCCAGGCACCUACGGUACAGCAGUCGCAGCAAUCCCAGGGCUCAGAGCAAUCACAGACUCAGCAGCAAAAAGAGUCGCAACAGUCAGCACAACAACAACAGCAGCAGCAGCAGCAGCAAACACAAGUGCAGCAAUCUAAAAAGCCCUCUCCCCAGUCAAGUCCUCCUAAACCGAUCAAAAGACCAGCAGCUGUAUCUCCAAAAGAAGAAACAAAGACAUCAGAACCACCACCACCAUCUAAAAUUCCCAAAAUUGAAACUUCACAUCCACCAAUACCUCCUGUACAUCCACCUCCAGAGCGCAAGCCUCCUUUGACAACUGCAGUUUCAAUGGGAGAAGCAGAGCAAUCUACUACUGUGGACUCGGUAGAUGUGCCAAAGGUCCAGAUUCCUCCCCCUGCCCAUCCUGCCCCAGUGCAUCAACCUCCACCUCUGCCUCAUCGUCCCCCACCCCCACCCCCCACCAGUUAUAUUACAGGGAUGUCUACUACAAAUUCUUAUAUGUCAGGGGAGGGUUAUCAAAGUCUCCAGUCAAUGAUGAAAACGGAAGGACCAACUUACGGAGCUUUACCACCAGCCUAUGGACCACCAACUCAUCUACCAUAUCAUCCUCAUGUCUAUCCUCCCAACCCUCCACCACCAGUUCCACCUCCACCUCCUGCUUCAUUCCCCCCGCCCAAUAUUCCACCUCCUACUCCUGGAUAUCCUCCUCCACCCACAUACAACCCUAAUUUCCCACCUCCAAGAUUGCCUCCAACUCAUGCAGUACCACCUCAUCCACCUCCAGGGCUGGGAAUGCCACCAGCUAGUUACCCCCCGCCUACUGUUCCCCCAGGUGGACAGCCACCUGUACCACCUCCAAUUCCACCACCUGGUAUGCCACCUGUAGCUGGACUUGGACGUGCUACAUGGAUGAGAUAGCAUGAGGUAAUUUGCACGAUAUCCCUUUAUGUUGACUAGGCAGGAGUAGCCAAAACCUACUUUGUAAAGAGAGGGGUAAUUUGUAUAAUUUAGAUGAAGAAACGAGGUGGUGAAAUGAAAAUUUAGCUGAUCUGUUUGCAGUAUUGUUUCUGGUGAGUUAUAGAGGCUUCUAGGUUUUAAUCAGCUUUGCCGUAUCUACUUUAACUUUCUACAUUUGACUUAAGUUGAAAUUGUCUUGAGUUAUUCCAGCACUGGAUUACUUUGUACAAGCAAAACCAGCCAUAUUGGCUCAAUUAUAUCAGUAAGAAGAAAAUUUCCUAGAAACCAGUGCCUAUUUUUGAGUAUCAAAAUAGACAGAUACCAUGAAAUUUGAUCUACAGUAAGAAACUUCAUUUUUACUAAUAAUUAAGCCAACACAAUGUCAAGCAUAAAAGCUACUUUAUUUAAGAGAGAUUCUGAAUGCUAGCUGACUAGAAUCAUUUUGAGAUGUUUCCCUUGCUGAUAUUUUUGUUUUGGAAUGUACUGGUAUCUUAAAGUAUUGUAUGUUUACACCUAUUUGCAAAUUCCUGUACAUAAUAUAUAUAUUUUCUAAGUGUGAAAGUCUGAAUGUAACAACCUACUGUGAUGUACAUCCUGAUUAUAAAUGGGACUACUUCGUUCACAUCUACCCAAAUAAAAUUCAUUCUGAAUU